AAAUCUGUAAUUUACAAAGUGUAGCACUGGGAAAGUUGCACACUCAUGAAUAAGCCACGCACUCAGGGCACCACCACUUGUCCACUACGCUGCUCAAGCCACGUCAUGAUGUCAACAGGAGCCUCCUCCUGCGGCACUUCCACGCUGGACAUCUGGAGAGCCACGGAUCGUGACGGAAAGCAGCAAUGGCGGGAAUGUCGCGAGCAAGCCUGCCAAAUCCAUUGGCGCGGAUAUGGGUGACAUCCAAUGCGCCAGACUACGUCGGCCUGAUUGCUCUAGUUGUAGGAUGGGUCAUGCUCGGCCUCUUUGUCACGCCGUUUCAUCGCAUGUUCUAUGUCAAUGACUUGCGCAUCUCGUUCCCCCAUGCCGAGCAUGAACGAGUCUCUGUCACCAUGAACUUUGUAUAUUCUCUCUUUAUCCCGCUGGGCGCGCUCAUCGCAUACAACAUGGUGUGCAGGUCGAGCUUAGCAAGACACGAGGCGACAUGUCUCCCAUUUCUGAUCUCCAUCACCAUGGCCUGCUUUGUUACGGACAUUAUUAAAAAUGCCGUGGGACGACCAAGACCAGAUCUACUCGCGCGAUGCAAACCAGCAAAGUCUGCUCAAGAGAACACACUAGUGACUAUUGCAGUCUGCACAGCACCUAGCAGCCGCAGCUUGGAGGACGGCUUCCGCUCGUUUCCCUCUGGACACUCUUCAUUUGCAUUUGCAGGCCUCGGUUUCACUGCCCUCUUCCUAGCAGGCCAGCUCCAGGUGUUCAACUACGCUGGCAGCAGCCGUAACUUGCUACGCUUCUUUGUCUGCAUGGUCCCUGCUAUCGGCGCUUUGCUAAUCGCCAUAUCUCGCUGCGAGGACUAUCGACAUGAUGUAUACGAUGUGUGCGUCGGCUCUAUUAUUGGCAUGACGGCUGCGUAUUGGAGUUAUAGACGCUAUUGGCCCAAGCUGAGCAGCGCAUCGUGCUCGGAGCCGCAGCCACUCCCUGGCUCAGAGGCCUCAGGCGGCUGGCAGCGGGUGGAUGAUGAGGAGCAAGGCUCCAGAAAUGUUGAGAUGGACCGCAUGCGCUCUGAUUUGGCAUGAUAUGAGUGAGUAUCAUCAAUUACAAAUAGGAGGGGGAGUUCAAAAGGUGGCUUAGAGGGACAACACAGAGAGCCCAUACAAUCCAUCUUAUUUAGGCAUUAUAUUGUAUUGUUACACAUGGACCUCUUUAUUUUUAUUUUCAUAGGCGGCUACUCAUUGGUAUACCUUUACUUCUCCUCGGCCUCCUCCUUCUUGGCCAAAUCAUGCUCCUUCAGCAGAGCAGUAAUCUCAUCCGCACUCCAAAGCUUGUGAUAAAUCUUGCCAUCGUCUGUCUUCCCUACCGUAGCAAACUCGACUGUAAAAGGGCGUUAGUUAGUGGAUUGUAUAUCAGGAAAUGGUUACAGAAAUCCUUACUCUUCUCGCUACUCAGCUUCGUCGAGUCCAUUGUCUUGCUCAGAACCUUAACGGCCAUCGCGCAAGCCUCGUCUAAUGUGCAGUCUUCCUUGUAGUCUUGCUUAAGUAAACUCUGGGCGCUGGCGUUGUUGGCACCGGCGCUGGUGGCCUUCCAGCCACCGUAGUUGCCCGAAGGGUUGCUGAGGUAGAGCUGGAAUUCUCGGCGGGGGUCCCAGCCGGCGUAGAUAAAGGACACGCCGAACGGGCGCAGACCACCGUGUUGCGUGUAACCUUGCUUAAGAUCACAGAGGCGUCGGACAAGCUGCUCGCAGGGGAUAUCUUCGUUGUAGGUGAGGAGGUAGCGUUGGGCGGCCUGGCGGGCGUAGUUGAUGAGGAUGUUGGCAUCAGCCGUCAUUCCGGCAACGGCGCAAAUCAUGUUACUGCAAGAAGAUGUAAUUAGCAUUACAAAGCACUUUACACAUCCAAAAGCGCAGGACUAGUUCCAUACUCGUUCAAAACAUAGAGCUUCUCAGCAGAUGUGUCCUGCUCAAGCAGCUUGGAGGUGACCUUGCGUUCAGCAGCAAGGACAAUGCCGUCCUUGGCGAGAAUGCCGAUGGCAGUGCCGGCGUGUGAAAUAGCUUCGAGGGCAUAUUCGACCUGGUACAAUCGGCCUUCUGGCGAGAAGAUGGUUGUCUGCGCGCGAGGGAGAGAUGUUAGCGAAUGGACGAUGAUGGCGUCAACAGCAUCAGCCUAGCCUAGGCAAACGUACGCGGGAAUCGUAGCGACGAGACAUGGUAGCUGGUCAAAGAGCGGCAAUGACGGCAGCAAUUGUACUAUAAAUAAUAAUUGGACGGCGGUUCGAGGCAGUGGCAGAUUCAAAUCGACGGGCGGUUGUGCUUGAUGAUGCGGACGAAUUGUCGUGAAAUGCGGCAGGAAGCUUGGU